GAAUCGAUGUGGCAACGCUAACAUUCCCUUGCACUGCUCAAGAGAAAUUUUAGUUUUUUCACCUAAUUUGACCGACAUCAAUAAAAAUUAAUUGAAAAUGAGCUACAUUGUGGAUCCACGUCGGAAAGAGAAAAUCAAUCGCUACAAGGCACCCAAGAACCAAGGACAAGGCGGUGGCGCCAAUGAGGACAUGAUGCCGGAUUAUAUGAAUAUUCUGGGAAUGAUUUUCUCCAUGUGCGGUCUGAUGAUGAAGCUUAAGUGGUGCGCCUGGUUUGCCCUCUACUGCUCUUGCAUCAGCUUUUCCAGCUCGCGGGCAAGUGACGAUGCCAAACAGGUUCUGUCUUCCUUUAUGUUAAGUGUAAGUGCUGUGGUCAUGUCAUAUUUGCAAAAUCCCGCGGCAAUGACGCCGCCAUGGGCGUCGUAACAAAGAAUACACAAUAUUGGUUUCCUGCUAGUUUAAUGAAUGGAACUUUAUUAUUCUCCAAAAACUCAAAUGACAGUUGAUUGGGCGUAGAAAGAGUUGAAUAAAUUAACCACAGGAGUUUGUAUAAA